CUAUUUGAGCACACCGUCCAAAAAAACGUAAUUUCCCUCCGCCCGCCAUUUCAUCCAUCCAUUAUUAAUAACGAAGUCUCGCCGCCUCUGGCCGUCGCGUCUCCCGCUUUCUCCUCACCUUUCGUUUCCUUCUCGCGCGGUCAAAACUGAGCUAUGGAGAGUUUGAUAGGACUGGUCAAUCGAAUCCAGAGAGCUUGUACUGAUCUCGGCGACUACGGCGGUGACGGCAACACCGGCGACGCUUUCUCCUCUCUUUGGGAUGCUCUUCCCUCCGUCGCCGUCGUCGGUGGCCAGAGCUCUGGAAAAUCAUCUGUGUUGGAAAGCUUUGUUGGGAGGGAUUUUCUUCCUCGAGGAUCUGGGAUUGUUACAAGACGGCCAUUGGUGCUGCAGCUGCAUAAGACUGAUGAGGGACAGGAGGAAUAUGCUGAAUUUGCUCAUUUGCCGCAAAGGAGAUUCACAGACUUCUCCCUUGUUCGCAAUGAAAUUCAGGAUGAAACUGACAGAAUCACUGGGAAAACUAAACAAAUAUCUCCGGUUCCUAUCCACCUCAGCAUCUACUCCCCCUACGUUGUCAACCUCACCCUAAUUGAUUUGCCUGGUUUGACAAAAGUUGCUGUUGAGGGGCAACCUGAAAGUGUAGUCCAAGACAUUGAAGACAUGGUCCGGUCCUAUGUGGGGAAGCCCAACAGCAUCAUACUUGCUAUAUCUCCAGCUAAUCAGGAUAUUGCCACAUCAGAUGCAAUUAAACUUUCAAGAGAAGUGGACCCUUCAGGUGAGCGGACCUUUGGCGUCCUAACAAAGUUAGACUUGAUGGACAAAGGAACUAAUGCAUUGGAUGUUCUAGAAGGAAGAUCUUACCGGUUGCAACAUCCUUGGGUGGGUAUAGUUAACCGUUCACAAGCUGAUAUAAACAAAAACGUGGACAUGAUUGCGGCACGAAGAAGGGAGCGUGAAUAUUUUGCAACAAGCCCUGACUAUGGCCACCUUGCCAGUAAAAUGGGUUCAGAGUAUCUGGCAAAGCUUCUCUCAAGACACUUGGAGUCUGUAAUAAGGGCAAGAAUACCAAGUAUCACUUCUUUAAUCAAUAAAAGCAUUGAGGAACUUGAAUCAGAGUUGGACCACCUUGGAAGGCCUAUUGCAUCUGAUGCUGGGGCUCAACUGUACACUAUCUUGGAACUUUGCCGUGCUUUUGACAAGAUAUUUAAGGAGCAUCUUGAUGGAGGCCGACCAGGCGGGGAUUUAAUCUACAGGGUAUUUGACCAUCAACUUCCUGCUGCUUUGAGAAAACUUCCGUUCGAUCGCCACCUAUCUAUACAGAAUGUAAGGAAAGUUGUAUCGGAGGCAGAUGGUUACCAACCACAUUUGAUUGCGCCUGAGCAAGGUUAUAGACGUCUCAUCGAGGGAGCUUUAAAUUAUUUCACAGGACCAGCUGAAGCUUCUGUGGAUGCAGUUCACAUGGUCCUGAAGGAACUCGUAAGGAAGUCAAUGGUAGAAUGUGAGGAGUUGAAGAGGUUUCCCAGUCUGCAAUCAGCAAUAGUUGCAGCUUCAAAUGAAGCUUUAGAAAAGUUCAGAGAGGAAAGCAAGAAGACAGUUGUUAGACUAGUGGAAAUGGAAGCUUCAUACCUAACAGUGGAUUUCUUCCGGAAGCUUCCACAAGAAAUGGAGAAACCUGGAAACCCGUCCCCCACUACUAGUGAAGCAGCAGUAGACUGGUAUUCCGAGGGACAUUUCAGGAGGAUAGGGUCAAACGUGUCAUCUUACGUUAACAUGGUAUCUAACACACUCAGGAACACUAUUCCUAAAGCCGUGGUGUGCUGCCAAGUUAAAGAGGCCAAACAGUCUUUGCUAAACCACUUCUACAUACAGAUUGGGAAGAAAGAGGGCGAGAGACUAGGAGAAAUGCUAGACGAAGACCCCUCAUUGAUGGAGAGAAGAAAACAAAGCGCGAAGAGGCUCGAACUGUACAAGAAAGCAAGGGAUGAGGUUGAAUCUAUAUCGUGGGCUCGAUGAAUCGCCCAUAUUGAUCAAGUGCAUUUAUGUAUCAUAUGUAUAGAGUUAUAACAUCGUCUCUACUUCAUCAUAGGGGUGUUGAUUUCAUAAUAGAGGCAAGGUGUGCAUACAUCUACCUAGCUUCCAGACUCUACUUUUGUGGGAUUUUACUGGGUUUGUUAUUGCAUGUAUAGAGUUACUGCUUUUGUCAGAUAUGAUGUCUCAUAUGAUUUUCUAGAUCAUAAUAUGCAAAAUGUGUUGAUUGUAAAUAAUCUUACUUUUGAAGCUGUGUUCAAUAGUAAGAGACAAACAAACUGUCUUCAUUUUU